AUGAGCUGCUCGGAGAUUGAUGUGUUGGAUCAGGCAAGCUGUCGACCCGAAUCGGCCAAAAGCUCGAGGAGCCUUCAGCUCCCUGGCAGAGCAUCACCCAGCUACAGGCACGCACCGAGAGUCGCUGCCAACGGCGUGCGUGACAUCGAGGACCGCAUCUUACGCAUGACGGGCUAUUAUGGCUACUACCCGGGCUAUUCCAGUCACAGAAGAGACGAAGGCUCAGACUCCCAUGCUGAAACUCCCGCCAGUGAGACGAGUGGUGAGGUGACGUCCUAUCAGGCCUGUGCCAACGUAGCUCUAAAAGUGAUGGGUGGCUUACUAGUGGUGCUAUGUGUUUCCUCGUCCUGGGUGGGCACAACUCAGGUGGUCCAGUGCACCUUUAAAUCCUUUUCUUGCCCUUUCUUCAUCUCCUGGUUCAGCACCAACUGGAACAUCUUCUUCUUUCCUAUCUACUAUUCCGGCCAUGUGGCCUUUACACGGGAGAAACAGACACCCAUUCAGAAGUUCAGGGAAUGCAGUCGAUUGUUUGGAGAAGAAGGAAUGACAUUGAAGCUCUUUCUCAAAAGAACAGCACCUUUUUCAAUCUUAUGGACACUUACUAAUUAUCUGUAUGUGCUGGCAUUGAGGAAGCUCACAGCCACAGAUGUUUCAGCACUCUUCUGCUGCCACAAGGCAUUCGUCUUCCUCCUGUCCUGGAUCGUCCUCAAAGAUCGCUUCAUGGGUGUGCGGAUUGUUGCUGCCAUUAUGGCCAUUACUGGGAUUGUCAUGAUGGCCUAUGCUGACGGGUUCCAUGGAGAUUCAAUCAUAGGUGUGGCUUUAGCAGUAGGCUCUGCCUCCACCUCUGCCCUCUAUAAGGUGCUGUUUAAAAUGUUCCUGGGCAGUGCCAACCUGGGAGAGGUCGCUCACUUUUUCUCUACCAUGGGCUUCUUUAACCUGAUCUUCAUCUCCUGUGUGCCCCUCAUUCUUUACUUCACCAGAGUGGAGCACUGGGGCUCGAUAUCUUCUUUACCGUGGGGGUAUCUGUGCGGGGUGGCUGGCCUUUGGCUGGUAUUUAACAUCCUGGUGAAUGUAGGUGUGGUUCUCACCUACCCCAUCCUCAUAUCUAUUGGGACAUUACUCAGCGUUCCAGGCAAUGCAGCUAUUGACGUGUUAAAACAUGAAGUGAUCUUCAGCGUAGUGCGUCUAGCUGCUACCUGCAUUAUCUGUGUGGGCUUCCUGUUGUUGCUGCUGCCAGAAGAGUGGGACACGGUUACAUUGCGGUUCCUCGCCACACUUGCUGACAAGAAAUCUGAGGAGCACGGAGAGGAACUCACUGAGUCCAGUGUCAACAUGCGUAGCCGCAGCAGAGCCAACGGAACUGUCUCGAUCCCCAUGGCGUGACAUCUGGGCCAUCUCUGAGCAAGAAAUAAAAAGAGCUAGUGCCAAGCACUCUGCCAUGCCUGUGUGAUGGCUGCUUUACAGAUGCUUGAGAGGUUUUUGGCAAAACGUGAAGAAACCAGAUAAAGGGUAAAGAAAACUAGGAUCAUUACUUGCUGUUAACAGUUGCAAUAUUAACUCUGUAAACACGAGUGGAACUGAAAUUCUGAGGAUCAUGCCAUCACAUUCUUACCUUUAAGGAAAGAUGACAGGAGAGCAUUUCUCAGACUGUGUUAAAGAGAAUAAAAUCUCCCUUUCAUAAAAAAAAAAAGAUGUUUAUUUACAGUAUUUUUUCAGGCUGUGAUGUCAGGCUAUGACUUCUGUCUGGAAUUUAACUCUUGUGGUUAAUAAAAGUAAAUGACCUUUUCGUUUGCACGCCUUUAUCCCAGCCAUGCCUGCUGCACCCUCACUUGGACUGUAUUCUGUGAAUAUAGGCACAAUCAAAGCCAAUUUGGCUCACUAUAAUAAAUGCAUGUGUUCAUAGAAAGAGGUACAAAAAUCUUUACAUUGUAUCUGAUAGUAUUAUACUGUAAAAAAGAUGAGGAAAUAUACUGUACUAUAUAUGAA